GUCGGUCCGGGGCCGCCAGCGACACCACCCGGCAUCUGCUUCGGCUCCUGCAUGAAGUCAAAUUAUCGAAAUGUGGCGACGUUUUCCAGACUUCGGGUCGUUGGCACAGCCACAACAUCCUGCUUGAGGACUCUCGUGCUGUCUUCACUACCUUUGCCGACGCACUGUAGACAUGGCUGACAGACGAUGCUUCGCGAUUUGCUUCUCUCCUGUGGGCACGCAGAGGAUGAGACGUUCAUGACAGUCGUUGUAGCUGAAGAAACCGAGCCUGAGCCGAUAUAUCAGGAUCCUUUCGAUGAUGUCUUCGGAUCAGCGCCCACCUCGCCAAGUAGGGAGCAUGGAGACGCACAAGUGGAUGUUGCAGCAGUAAACAGCGAGGGUAGUCUGGGACACCUGCUUUUGCAUCCCUCCGAUAUACCGCGCUUGCGAAGCAUCCAUGUCACGAGCGGUUACCGCGAGGGCAUUGCUGCAAGCAAGGAGCAGCAUAUGCAAGAAGGCUUCGAUGAAGGCUACAGCCUUGGUGCAGAGCUUGGCCUCAAGGCAGGCGGGUGUUUAGGAGCGCUUGAUGGAUUGUGCCGAGCUUUCCCAGCACAUUCGACGCCUUCUACGCAGGGUGUCAUCAACGGCGCAAAUGAUCGUGACCACCUUUGCAAGGUGCGUGAAGAGGUGCAUCAACUUCGACAGCAAGCAGAAGCGGAUCUGACGCUCGCCUCACUCUGCGGAUCAACGUACUUUGGAGAGGAUGGCAUCUGGUUGUACGAGGUUAUAGAGCUCCACCAUGAGCCAACAUUCGAACAGAUUGCGGCUGCUCAUCCGCUCCUAUUGCGGUGGAACCAUGAGACCGCAAGACUCAGUCAACAGCUCGGUCUCGCGCUUGAUGAUGUGGUGGAAGGGAAUGGAACAAUCUGAAUGAUGUUGCAAGCGGAAGUUCAGAACGCGAUUCCAUGGCGUGCCUUUCUGAACGGUGCUAACACCGGGCAAAGACACAUCACAUUCACGAGCCUAAGAAACACUAUGUGGCAGGCACGUUGAUGCCUACUUCUCUCCUGUUUGCACGACACC